CGGAGGAGUUUCUGAGGCUAGUCCUUGUACGUGUCACAGAGCUUGGAGGUGGAGGCACCAUGAAUUCUCUCUUCCUGAUUCUCUCCUGCCUGGGAGCAGCUGUUGCUUUCUCUGGAGAUGCUGAUGAUGACAAGAUUGUGGGAGGCUACACCUGCCCAGAGCAUUCAGUUCCCUACCAGGUGUCCCUGAACUCCGGCUAUCACUUCUGUGGAGGUUCCCUCAUCAACAGCCAGUGGGUCUUGUCAGCUGCUCACUGCUACAAAUCCCGUAUACAAGUGAGGCUGGGAGAGUACAACAUCGAUGUGCCGGAAGACAGUGAAGUAGUCAGGAGUUCAUCGGUAAUCAUUCGCCAUCCUAAAUACAGUGCAGUAACGCUCAAUAAUGACAUUAUGUUGAUCAAGUUGGCAUCUGCGGUGGACUACAGUGCUGACGUUCAACCCAUAGCUCUGCCCAGCUCCUGUGCCAAGGCGGGGACCGAGUGCCUGAUUUCAGGCUGGGGAAACACGCUGAGCAAUGGCU